AUGUUUUUCCCUAAUCUCAUCCUCAACUCCCUCGCCCUGACAUCGGCAGUCCUCGCCAGCCCAAUCGAGCUCGCUGAGCGACAGACGACGCCGCAAAAGCUUCGCAUUAUGCCCCUAGGCGACUCCAUAACCGAAAUCACCUGCUGGCGCGCCCUAGUCUGGGACCAAUUCGCCGCCGCCAACCUUGCGUCGUCGGUGCAAUACGUCGGCUCCCAAAACUCCAACCCGCAGAACUGCCGACCGACCACGGCCAACUGGGACCAACACCACGAGGGCCACUCGGGGUGGCUGGCCGUCGACAUUGCCAAUAACUAUUUGGAAGGGUGGCUGAAGAAGACCCCCGCGGACAUUGUCAUGUUCAUGCUGGGGACGAAUGAUGUGACGCGGGGGAAGAGCACGGCGGAGGUGAUGGAUGCGUAUACUAAGAUGGUGGGGAUUAUGAGGGGGGCGAAUCCGAGGACGAAGAUUAUUAUCGACCAAAUGAUCCCCCUCUCCUACUCCAACGCCGCCGUCCAGGCUAUUAACGCCCAGAUCCCCGCGUGGGCAGCCAAACUGAAUACGACCGAGUCGCCGAUUGUGGUGGCGGAUUGUUAUACGGGGUUCAAGACGUCGGAUCUGAGAGAUGGAGUGCAUCCGAAUGCGAAUGGGGAUAAGAUCAUUGCGAGCAGGGUGGGGCCGUUGUUGUUGAAUUAUGUGAGGCAGAGCUUGGGGAAGUGA